AUGACAAGACUGAAGUCUCUGGCUCGUGGCUACGUGUGGUGGCAGGGUAUCGACGGCCAGAUUGAGGAGAUGGUGCGAAAUUGCAGAUGCUGCCAAUCGACGAGAGCUGAACCGGUCAAAGCUUCAACUCGCUGUUGGCAACAACCGGUGAGACCGUUUGAGCGCAUCCAUGUGGAUUUCGCGGGGCCGUUCAUGCAAAGCUACUUCAUUGAGCUGGUAGACGCGUAUACCAAGUGGCCUGUGGUCAAAAUCCUCAACAACAUCACAACAGCGACUACCAUACAAAUCUGCCGUGAAAACUUUGCUACAUAUGGGAUUCCCUCAGUCUUGGUUUCGGAUCAUGGCGUUCAGUUUACUUCUGAAGCAUUCCAGGACUUCCUUCGGAAGAAUGGCAUCUUCCACAAGAUGGGUGCACCAUACCAUCCGUCAACGAAUGACUUAGCGGAAAGGUUCAUCGGGUCAUUCAAGGCCAAGCUCAAGAGUUUGAAGUACGACAAGGCGAUGCUGCAAGUGGAGCUGUGCAACGUUUUGCUCACCUACAGGAACACCUUUCAUCCAGCAACCGGACAGUCUCCGGCUAUGAUGGUCUACAAUCGUCCGCUGUGGUCUCGUUUGGACUUGAUGAUUCCGAAUCCAGAAACUGUCAGAAAGAAUGUUACAUAG